AUGGCGGCCGGGUGCUGCGGGGUGAAGAAGCAGAAGCUGUCGGGAUCUCCCGCGUCGGGGGGUCCUGGCGGGGUGGGGGCGGGGAGCGGGGCUCUGACAGGAACCGGACAUUGUGGCUCUGACUCGGGCAUUGGCUCCUCGGUGACAGUAGCAGCAGCAGCAGGGAGUGUGAGCAGAGUGAACGGCCUGGGGGGUGCCGGGGGCAGUGUGAGCGGUGUAGGGAGCAGCGGCGGCACAACUCUGGCCCCAGCCCCGACCGGGUACUCCUCAUCCGGUCUCUCCCCAAGCCUCAGCCCAGGCUCGGGUAGUGGAGGCAGAAAAAUGGUGGUCUCCGCAGAAAUGUGCUGCUUCUGUUUUGACGUGCUUUAUUGUCAUCUUUACGGAUACCAGCCCCCGAGAACACCCAGGUUUACAAACGACCCCUACCCGCUGUUUGUCACAUGGAAAAUAGGCAGAGACAAGCGGCUGAGGGGUUGUAUAGGUACAUUUUCUGCCAUGAAUCUGCACUCAGGACUCAGGGAGUACACCCUUACCAGUGCCCUUAAAGACAGCCGCUUUCCCCCAAUGACAAGGGAUGAGCUGCCUCGCCUCUUCUGCUCAGUGUCUCUUCUCACCAACUUUGAAGAUGUUGGAGAUUACCUUGAUUGGGAGGUGGGUGUUCACGGUAUUAGGAUAGAGUUUUUCAAUGAAAAAGGAUCAAAGCGUACAGCCACUUAUCUACCAGAAGUUGCGAAGGAGCAGGGUUGGGACCACAUUCAAACCAUAGAUUCCUUACUUCGAAAGGGAGGUUACAAAGCUCCCAUCACAAAUGAUUUCAGGAAGACCAUUAAGUUAACCAGGUACCGUAGCGAGAAGAUGACAAUGGCUUAUGCAGAAUACAUUGCCCACCGCCAACAUCACCACUAUCAGAAUGGCAUUGGGCACCCUCUACCACCCUACAACCAUUAUUCCUGA